AUGGAGGAAUCGCCGGAGUGGCGGGCCCAACUGCGGACGGCCGAAAAGGAGGAGCAGCAGCUGUGGGAGAACCCGGGGUACCCACCCACACCGAGGUAUGCGCCCGAGCCCUGCAUCCCGCCACCAGAAGUGGCAGAAGACUGGGUGUCCUCACCUCCGCGGUGGCUGCCCGAAAUCCCACCCACACCGCGGUACGAGGGGUCACCGCAGUGGACGCCAGCACGACCACCCACGCCGAGGUUCGAGCAGCCACCACCGCAGCAGCAACUCGAAAAAAUACAGCGGCAACAACUCGAGCAGCCACAACGCGAGCAGCCACCACCGCAGCAGCACCAACGCGAGCGACGCCAGCAGCAACAAACCGAUCCACCUCAGCAACAGCCAGAGAACCCGACGGGACAACACAUCCGGACGGACAUACCGGCGGCCCACGUGAGCCAAAGUACCCGGACGUUCGUGGCCGAAGGGGUAAGGAGGCGGCAGCAGACGGUCGUCUGGACGUGGCCGGAGGGACCCGCGGAGGAGACGGCGGCGACGGAGGAGCCCCGAAUCUGGGAGGAGAGUACUCCCCGGGUGAUCCCGCUGGACCCCAGGACCCGCGGCAGACCGGAGCCAUGGAGACCACCGACACCGAGCACCGGACCGACGACACCGGCAUCAGCAGCAACAGACGGCCCGACGGCAGCACCGGAACAGGAGGAGCCGCUGGAAAGGGGGCCCUGGGUGUGGCCCGAGCCCGUGUACAGUGGCCGUCCUCCGCUAAGACGGCAGCACUCCGCGCCCAAAAUCACCAAGGUGGUGGCCAGGCCAAAGUUGGUGAGGAUGAUGUCGGCGCCGGAGAGUCAGCGAUUGCGAGAGAUCGCAGAGCACGAGUGGCCCGAAAGAGGCCCGCAUCAUGGGCGGCAGGCGCAGCGUGCGCGUAUGGAGAGAGGGUCGCGCGUUCUGAGUCCGGUUGGGGCUCGCGGGCACGAGAGUGUUUGA